AUGUAUCCUACAGUAGUAGACAUACAAGUAUCAAUUAAACCUGAAAUAGAUAUGCCUGGGAUUUCUGUCUGUAACGGCAAUGGGUAUAAACCAGGCAGGAUAUGCGAAAUAGGACCCUACUGCACUUUAAGAUCAAUGUUAAUGUUUAUCCCUGUGUGCGAUUUAUCGCCAAUAUUUUGUGUGGAUGGAUUACCAAUGCCUGAUUUUACACUGGCCGCUUAUAAUCGUUUCUUCUCGGAUUAUAACCUGAAUACAUCACUGUUUGAAGAAAUCAAGGUGCCAUUAGACGAAUUCUUCACCUGCACUAUAGUCAGUGGCAGUGGAGAAAGAAAAUGCGAUACUGAACAUGCUCUAGUUGGCUCUUAUUAUAGUUCUGCUAAUGCGCCCAGUAUUUGUUACACCAUAAACUCCCUCUGGUCACAACCUAAUUUGAAAAUUCAGAAAAUAAAGAAAUCGGAAAAGAUUGUUCUGCAAUUUUACAUAGACAUUUCGUUCAGAAAUCGCCAUGCUUCCUUGGAUGAGAUACAGCACCCGACUUUCAGUUCUUUCUCUUCGUCCACCGUGCAAAUGGCAAUCCAUUCUCCUUACGUUUAUGGGAGUCCAUAUAUUGCGGGAGUCGGCUUCUUGGGCGGAAAAAACUACAGAGUGAAAAUAAAAGAAAGUGAAAAGCAUUUGUUGCCUCCUCCUUAUCAAACCAACUGCACAGAUUAUAUGCCAGAAUGGAGAGCACGUGGUGGAGUUGGGCCACUGAAUCAAAUCAUGGUUAUCCAAGAAUGUAAAUUGAAUGAAACGCUACGACAAUUAGGAUGUGUACCGAUCACAGUAGACUAUCCACAUGAUGAAAAAGUUUGCAAAUUCUGUGAAACUUGCACCAAUAUAACGAAGAUUGGACGUAACUGUACAAAUCUACUACAGUAUUACAACCAACCCUGUCAUUCGAUAGUGUAUGAUGUGAAAGUUGAAGAGAAAUUGGUACAUGUUAAAAAACAGCUGACCAGUGCCACCAAAGGAUGGAACGAGACUAUGUACUUCAGCAGACGAGGGUUUGAUUGCACUUUAUAUAAUAAAUUGAAACGCCGAUGUCAAACCAUCAAUGUUGAAAUUGUUUUCGACGAUUUUGAGAUCACAAAUAUCACUUAUAAUCCGAAGUUCGAAAGUUUGGAACUAUUUAGUGCUAUUGGAGGCUACAUGGGCAUAUAUUUGGGAGCUUCCAUCGUCACAUUUUACGAUUUCGCUGAAAUAGCAUUCACAGCAAUUUUGAAAUAUACCAAAAAACAAAGAAAGAUUAAAAAGAGAAACAAAAGCAGGCACCAAAGUUCGUGGAUGUUCGAGACAUUUCCAGAAGAUUCUUCUUUAAGGGCAUACAGGAAAAGGAAAAUUAAUCCUUCUGAUGGAAUCAGAAAUAUUUAUUAA